AUGUACUCUCCCACCGACCAAGAGCUGGACGACCUUUUCGGCUCCGGCCAAGAAAUCACGCCUCCUCACCCGAUGACCAACAACGCCGUUAGCUCCUUUUAUCCCUUGCCAAUGGCGUUGCCCAUGCCAGCAACACCUAAGCAAGUGGGUGCUCGUACUUCACUGGAAACGCUCUCGUCUGACUCGACCGUCUUCGUUCCCGACUUCACUCGUGAUCAAAAGAAGCAGCUGUGGAAGAUUAUCAAGACCACCCAACGCCCUGGCUCUCAAACUACCGACCCACAGCAUCUGCUCCAGCGGUUCCUAGACCAGCAAGCGGCCGCCGCGACGGCUCGCACACAGCCAUACACCACGCCUGGUCCAGGGGCACCUCUCGUCCAUCAACUGUACAACAUCCCCAUCUUGACACAGUGCGAGCCCAAGGCCAAUCCGCCCCCGCCGGGUGCCCGAAUUAGCCAUGCCCGGGACAAGAACAGCGAGAACCGCAUCGGCCAGUACGACUGGUACGACAAAUUCCCCAGGCAGCCCAACUGGGCUGUCGGCGACGGCAAGGACAAGGUCCGUAUCGACUACAACAAGGAAGGUGAGCUGAAAUCCAAUGUCAAGUUUGACCGCAAGAUCCUCGAGGCCUACAUUCGUGGCUGUGCUGAGAAGGGCAUCCCUCUCCGGCUGUGGAUCCAAAACAAACCAACAAUGCACACCGACCGCUGCCCGACCCUCACAUCGGCCAUGUGCCGCGCUUCCGACUGCCCGGAGACCCGCAACAAGAUUGCCCGCGGCAUGUACCAGGUUUGUUUUGAUGAGCACCCGACCGAGACGUCCAAUGGCCGCUUUGACCCCUUUUACGUAGCUGGCUAUAUGCACCUCUUCUGCCUAGAGGAGAUGAUCCCCAUGGCCGAGCUGAUGACGUUUGCUGAUGUCCAGCCGGAUGUCCGCGAAUUUCCUCUGGAGCAGCGCAACCCCAUGAGCCUCCACCGCGACGGUACCGGUCGUACGCUGCUGGGCGCUUACAACGAGUGGAAGAGCAACCACUACGACCGGUUUGUGCUCAACAACAUCUCCAUCUCGAAGGCCACCCGCCCAAGCAGCGAUCGUCUUUACAACUUCCUCACCGUCAAGAAGAUGGAGACACAGCCGAUCACCCGUCAAAAGAUGCGUGAACGGCGCAACGGCUUUGACAUUUCCAAGCACUGCGGCAACCUCCGCAAGGUCGCCAUGCACAAGGCCAGUAUCAAGAAGAAGCGCAAGCGGGCGCUGAGCGACAGCAGCGAGGAUAGUGAUGAUGCAGACAGCGACGUCGAGGUGAUUGUCACACAGCCGAGUCCCGCUCCCAAGCGACCACGAACGGAGGCCGCGAACUCAACCGCUGCCACCACCCGCACCCCAUUGCCGACUCGCCGUCGUCGCCCUCGGCGUGUGUCCAAGGCGCACGCUACGCAGUAUAUCGGAGUGCCUGCUCCUAUGACGGUGCCCGCUCCAGCUCCAGCGCUGACCCAUGCAAUGUACAACCCCUACGGCUUUGGAAACUUUGCUCCAUCUGCCACGUCGACUCAGUCGCCCUCGCGUAGUGUCCGUGCCGCAACUUUGGGCCUCAAUGUGCGCACCGAUCUGGCGCCGCCCGUGCCCGUGCCCGCUCAUUAUGGCCCUCUCGACAUGCCCAUGGCCAAUCUAGGCCUGGAUUCAAAUUCCUUCUGGAACGCCUACAACCAGUUCAUCUUCAACGACCAGCAAAUCCUGCCGCAAACUGGUCUGCCUCCCCUGGCUGCUCCUGCCUACGGUGCCAGCCCAUCGUCGCCGUACAAGUUGCGCGACACCCAGGCUCGCCGCGAGAGUGCUGCCCGUCUCGUCUCGGCACGCGCGUCCCAGGUCAGCAAUAGCGCCCAGAACCGGAACGUGAUCCCCGACCACCUCAUCGACCCGCAGCUGCUCCUUGGCGACGCCCUGGCCAACAGCCCGCACAAGUCGAGCCGUCCGCAGCCUUCUGCUAGUGCCGAGGCAGCGCCCGCUGACGAGCCGCUCACGCCCAGCCGUCGUGUGACACGGAGCAUGAGCCGGCACAACAUGGGCGGCACGCCGGUUGAGCCAACGGCCCCGCACACAGGGCUCGCUGCAAAUGAAAAACCAAAGACGCCCGUCAUUGCGGAGAGCGAUGCUGCAGACCUGACGACGGCCGAUUCCGGCGCCACUGUCGGUCACGGGCUGUUUCAAGAGGACCUGUUUGCCGACGUUAACUACCAAGAGUACCUCGACUACAUGAGCACGCAGCCCGGCGGCGAGCAGCUUCCAGAGGGCUUCUUUUACAAUCAGUAG